AUGCGUCCGACCACAGCCGACUUGUGCGUUGAGCCAUCGGAAAAUGUUGGAAUAAAGAGCUGAAAAAACCGUGACGCGACCGCGACGCUUCAAAUCAUUACGAAACAUCCUUGACGGCGCUCCCGAAAAACUUCCGCUUUGAGGCAUCUUAAAAUUUCGGAAUCGAAAAUUUUAAGGCGUCUUAAAAUUUUGGCGUCAAAUUUAAGGCGUCUUAAAAUUUUGGAAUCGAAAAUUUUGAGGCGUCUCAAAAUUUUGGAAUCGAAAAUUUUGAAAUCGUAACGCAACAGUAACGCAACAGUAAUGCAACAGUAACGCAAGAGUAACGAAACCGUAACGUAACAGGAACGCAACCGAAACGCGACAGUAACGCAAGAGUAACGCAACCGUAACGUAACAGGAACGCAACCGUAACGCAACCGAAACGCGACGUAACGCGACCGCAACCCGACCGUACCGCGUCCGCAACGCGACAGUAACGCAAUCUCCGUAACCGUACUGUUAUAGUCUGUGCAGAUUUUGAAUGUGAAGUCGUCGCUCAUGCUCCGCCCCUAAUGGUGCGAUAAAGCGAUUGCGUUACUGUCGCGUUACGGUUGCGUUACUGUUGCGUUAAGGUUGCGUUACGGUUGCGUUACUGUGCGUUACGGUUCUUUAACCCCAACGCAACCGCGACGCCUCAAAUCUUUUCGAAACUCCCGUCCGAAAAUGACUUGCGCUUCAAGACAUUGGAAAGAAUUAGAGCCAUUUUUGACCACGGCUUUUCAGUUCGGGACAAGAUUAUACAGUGGCGCUUCUGAUAAACGGUCAUCAAAAACCAAAAAGUAGUGUGAUUUUAAUUUAUAUAAAUUUUUUCCAGAAGCAAUCGGAUGCUGUCAAAGUUGCCGACGAACACCUACCUGCUGUGUCUGGCGGCCAUGUCGUCGCUCUUUUUAUUCUCGCUACUUUUAUUUUGGAUUGAGGAGGUCGCUUAUAUCUACUUCUAUGUACGUUGCAUGCCUUCUACAGUCUCCCCUCCGCACCUUUUUUCAUUUAUUUUUUAAAAUCAUGGUGGCACUUGGAAUGGCUGACUCAAGAUGCGACCGACCAGAAACGAGUUGCGCGUUGAGGCAGUUUGAAAAAGCUACUCAACGCUUUGAGCCAUUCCAAAUGCGACCAUAGAGUUUCACGAGAGAAUUAAAGACACUAUAUUGAAAAACAAUCAGCAAACUCUCUUAAGAAAAAAAAACUGGUUAAAAAAAUGCAUUUUUAGAUAGUUUAAAGCAUAAAAAACCUAGAUUUUGAAAGAAAAAAAAAAGCAAAAAUGAAAAAAACCUCCGCGAGGAUCGAACCAGAGACCUCUCGAACGCCAGCAAAGGCCUUAUCCACUGCACCAGCAUGGAAAGCAUGGCUCAAACCUGUCAUGUACACAGUACCGCUAUCGUUGGAAUGAGAAAAAUGUUGAAAUUUCAUUAAAAAAAGUUCGAAAUUAAGGUUUUUGGUUCAUUUUGAAGGAUUUUCAAGUUUGAAUUCAUUAAAAAGAAUUAUCAUGAUAAAAGUGUGUAAUAUUUCGUAAUUUACUUAAAUUUGUAGUUUUUUUUUUUAAAUUUAAUGGUUCAAAAAUAGUUUCAGGACAUUUUCCAUGAUUCCCUGCUGCGGAACAGCAACUUCAGCUGCAUGAUCAACACGUUUUUGGCCCAUGUCUGCGAUUUUUCCUCGGUCUGGCUCAUCGUUCUCGUCGGAUUCGAGCGGCUAAUUCUGCUCCAUCGCAAAAAUCGCAGUCUUACUGUAGAGAGGUACGGUGAUAAUUAAUAAAUAUCCAUCCUAUUUCUGAUAAAAUGGCAAAAUUUACAAAAAAAAAAUUCAGUGGAAGGUCUCGUCGCGAUUAGAGGCGAAUGAUGAGAAAUUACUGUAGCUUUUUUUUAACAAACUUUUUUUCAUGAAAAAUUAGUUUUUUUCAGUAUUAAAUAUAUUUUUUUUCAAGGUGAGAAAAAUUAAAGUCACGAAUAUCUUUUUUUAAAAAUUUAUUUCGAAAAAUCAUAUUUUUUUAAUAUUUUUGUUUUAGCCACCCGCACGAAUUCGAUGAAUAAAUUCCGGAUUUUGAAAUCUUUUUUUCCAAAUUCUAAAAAAAUGAAGUUGAAAAAAAUUGAUAGAAAAUGAAAAAAAUUCGUCUUUUUUUCCGUCUGAAAAAAAUCCGAAAAAUAUAUUUGUUUGGUUAUUAUUUCAGUUUCUAUAAUUUAAAAAAACUUCAAAAAUCAGAGAAAAAAACCUUUUUUUCUCAUUUUCUGUUUAAAAAAACUGCAGGAAAAAGGUUUGCGAAUUGGAAAAAUUUGCUAUUUUUUUCAAAAAAAUAUUCAUGGAAAAACCUUUUUUUCAUUUUUCUUUCUUUAACAAUAAUCAAAAAAAUUUUUUUGUAGAGCCCGAGUUCAAAUCGUAGUGCUUCUGGGCAUAGCCAUGCUGUUCAACGUCUGGAUUCUGUUCGUGGCCGAGAUGGACGAGGCCGGCCAAUGUGACAUCAACGAGAAUUAUAUCAACCUCUACAAUACUAUGACCGUUUUGGAGGUUUUUUUCGAAAAAAAAAAAUAAAUAACUGAAGUUCCGGUUUCAAUCAUUAAUUUUCGCCAGUUCAGCUUUUCCUUGCGCGAUCAAAAUCAUUGUCCUAUUGCUUUAAUUGAAUUGGCAAAAAUAGAAAAUUAGGUGAUUUUAGAAUGAUUUUUUUUGAUUUAGGAAGAUUUUCCAUUGAUUUUCCGAGGAUACGUUCAAUUUUAUAGUGAAGAUACAGUUUUAAAGUAAAAAUAUCGAAUUUUGACGGUUAAAUAGAAUAUUUUUUUGUAGUUUUUUGAAUAAUUUUUGACUGAAAAUCGCUUUUUUGGUUGAUAUUGGGGUUUUAGAAAGUUUUUGAGAACAUUUGUUCGAGAAAAAUGAUGAUUUAUUGACCACAGAUUUGAAAAUAUUCACUUUAGUGACCACUUGAAGAGCUGAAACCCCUUAAAAACUAUUGAGAAUCCGAAAAAAUCAGUAAAAAAUACUUACGGUUAAAAAAAGGUUGAUUUGAAAAAUUAAAUUUUGACCAAAAAAAUUGAAAAUUAAAAAGUUAACUUAAAAAUAAAAAGAGUUUUUUUAACCCUAAAGAUUAUUUAUACUGACUUUUUUUCCGAUUUCCUAAUUUUUUUAGGGGUUUCAGCUCUUCAAGUGGUCACUAAAGUGAAUAUUUUUCAAAGAUCUGGUCACAAAAUUUCCGUUUUUUUACGAAAAAAAUGUUCGCAAAAAAACUUUCUUCAACCAAAAAAACUAAUUUCUGUCAUAAUUCAUUUAAAAAAACUACAAAAAUCCUCUAUUAAUCCGCCAAAAAUUUGAUAUUUUGACUUUAAACUGUAUCUUCACCAUAAAAUUGAACGUGUUCUCAUUAAACCAAUUGAAAAAAACUUCCUAAAAAAUUCUAAAAAUCGCCUAGUUUUAAAAAUUUUUUUCAAAAAAACCUCUAUUAAACCGCCAAAAUUUGAUGUUUCGACUUUUUAAAAAACUUCGAAAGUUGAAAUCCUUUCAGACGGUCGUUUGCAUGGCGGUCCCUUCAGUAAUCAUCAUCAUUUCCAACGUUUUGGUCGUUUUCAAACUGAAUGCCCAUGUUAGGUACGUUUCGAAAUGGCUAUGAAAGAAUAUAAUAUAAGUUGGUCCGUUUCUCCUUUGAGCACCUGGUUGACAGAAAUCAAUUUUACGCUUUGAAUUUGAGCAAUUUUUGAGAAAAAGCGGAUAAGGUUUGAUAUCGAAAAAUUCCUGAAAAGAGUGGAAAAUUGGACUUGGAAAAGGGCAUGCUGGAAAGUGCGCGCUGUGCGCACUCUUUUCUCGUGCGCACGUAAGGAAAAUGCGCACUCUUUUUUCAAAUUUUGUACAGGAAAUUGCGCUCUCUUUCUAACAACAGGAAAAUGCGCACGGUUAUCAAAUUGCGCUUUUUUCUAGAUUGAAGUCCACAUAAACCAUCUCACUUUUCUCUUUGUCAUGAAGAAAUCUUUCAGCUAAAGAUGAAUUGAACAUCUUUUGAUUAUUUGAUAAUUUAUGGAGAAUAUUUCUUAUCAGGAAUGGUCUGCGGUCACUUCGGAAUGAGACCAGGUGUAGUUAUGCAAAAAAAGUGAGAUGCUCUUUUUGAGACCAAGCUGAUUCCAAGCUUGGUCUCAAAAAGCUGCCGCGAAAAAAAUCUGCUAAAAAAAGUGAGAUGCUCUCAAAAUAUACAGAUCUUUUCCAUCUGAUAACAUUAAACAAUACAGAGUGGAGGAAUAAUUACUGCGACAAAAGUUUUUUAGCAUUUGCUCUCGCCGACCCGAGCUCAUUUUUGUUCCAGUCAUUAUUCCUACCUUCAUCAAGCCUUCUUCUAUAAUAUGAUGAUGCCACGCUGACUUUCGGAAAAGUCGUUUCUGCCUUUUGGGCGUUUAUGGCAAGGCAGGCAGGCUUGGCUAUGAAGGCCUAAAGCCCCCUAGGACUUGAUUUUUUUAAUUUCGAAAAAAGCGCGGGCUCGGGCCAGAGAUUCAAGAAACUUUUUUUAUUUCAUUAAAAAAACAUUUUCACCGAAAAAAAUAUUUUUUUACAUGUUGAAUCACAUUUUUUUAAUAACUCAAUGAAGAAAAAAAUAAGCAAAAAAACCCCGCUUUUUCUCGUUAAAACAGCUAAAAAAAUUCGAAAUGAAGAAAAAUUUGAGCUUUUUGGGCCGGGCCGAACCACCAAAAAAAUUUUUUUCAGUGAUUUUUUUACAGCCAAGUACAACACUGGAAAAAAUCUUGACUCAAAGUUACUUCAUUACGCAUCAAGGCCGUAUGAGAGGGAGUUUAUUGCGACGUUCAGAAAUUAUUCGAUAAGGUCGCCCUGAAGCUCAAUUUGAACGUACUUUUUAAGGUUUCGAUUCUCGAAAUUGAUAACGAUUCACGUCUAUGUAAGCAAUUAAAAGAAGUCGCAAAAAUUGAAGGAAUUGUUUUUCCGAAAAAAAUAGAGAAAAAAAGGGUAUCGCGAGACCCUCUGAGGCAUAUCGCAGGGUCUGAAGCCUAUCGAUGGUAACCCAAGUAUACCUCUGAGGACUUUGAGCAAAAAUGAGAUAGACUUGAGGGAGACUCUAAAGUACCUCCGAGAUAGCUCAGAUAUAGCUAGUCUCUGUAAGAGAUGAGGUCAACUCAGAGAGCAGUAAACAAGAUAAUUUGAAAGGUGUGUACCUUUUUUCUCAGUACCUUAUGGGGUUUAGCAGAUAGUAUUGCCUGUUUUUAAGUACCCUUACUUACUAGGGAACUACUCGGACUCGGGUACGCGGAUCGAGUUCAAACUUUAGUGGUUUAUAGACCUAAGUGAAAACACUUGAAAAACAAGUGAGAAUAUCUGCUAAACCCAAUAGAGAACUGAGAAAAAAAUUAGUAGAAAAAUGUGAAAAAUUAGACCUGAAAAAUUUUUCAGAAUACUGCUUUUUACCUUAUUUAAUAUUUUAAUAAAAUCGCCUUGAAUGAUCCGGCUAUGAUAAACACUAAAAAAACUUUUUUUCCAGCCAAAAAGAAGGAGGAAAAGCAAAAAAAUUUGAUAGUUUUCAAGCCUAAACUGUUCAUUUUUCAAAAAAAUAGUUUUCUCAGAAGUCUAUAGGAUUUAGCAGAUAAUCUCUCUUGUUUCCAAGUACUUUUUACCCGGGUCUAUAAGCCACCAAAGUUUGAACUCGAUCCUUGAAUGCGAGUUCGCGUAGUUCCCUAGUCAGCUCAAAACCAAUUUUUCGAGUCCUUAUCGAAAAAAAGGUCUUAUCCGGUUAGAAGAAUGGAGUUUUGUGCUUUUUUUCUGUUAUCCCAUUGACUCCAAAAAUUUUUUUGAGAAACUUCAAUGUGCCUCUUGUAACAGUACACACCAGUUUGCCUACUGACUUUUUGGCCGUUCUGCUCAAAAAAACUGUGACAAAACUGAUUUUCGACCAUCUGCGUACCGCAGUCAAUUGGGUGCCACUACAUUUUCGAGCGGCAGUUCAUGUUAAUUUUUUUGAUUAAAUCCCUGUAAAAACUUUAUAAAAAAAUAAUUGUGAGUUUCCGGUCUUUAUUGACUAUUGACAAUUGACAUAUUGACAGCUCCUUCAUUUUGUCGCAGUAAUAAUUCAUCACCCUGUAAAUUUUCUUCAGAAAUAUUUUUGAACCUCGAAAGGUCCUUUCGAUUUGUAUUUCACAUAUUUCCCUUUUAUAAUAUAGUUUGUCCAUGUUUUGAGUUUCAAGCAGCAAUCUCUGCCCCAAACAAAGCCUGUGAGUGGCUCGUUCUCUGAUUGGUUUGAUCUACACAUAAGAGGCGGAGUUCGACCGAUGACUUGACAUUCAAAUUCUGAACAAACUAUAAACGCCGACUGUGGCUUUCUUCGGAAAAAUAACAUUCCAAAAUUUAAAAACACAUUAUCACGUGAAAGGUAAAUCAGUCUGACCAGUCUAGUGACCGCCUGGUAUUAUUAUUGAAAAAAAGAUGAAUUCUGAAAAAAAUCAGUUAUAUCAACUUCAAAUAAUCCGAAAGAACAGGAUUUGAUAACCGUGCGCAUUUUCCUGUUGUUAGAAAGAGAGCGCAAUUUCCUGUACAAAAUUUGAAAAAAGAGUGCGCAUUUUCCUUACGUGCGCACGAGAAAAGAGUGCGCACAGCGCGCACUUUCCUGCAUGCCUUGGAAAAGCCUCGUCUUGUUUGAAAAAUCUCAAGUUUGAGCUUUUUUUUGAACGCGAGAGAGGUCACUAGAGGGAUUAGGGGGAUGUAAACAAAAAAAAAAACAAAGCCACGCGACGCACACGCGCAUUCGUCUGAUGGGGCGCGCUUGCUGUUUUUCCCCUUUUUUUGGGAUCCUAUGCCGUGUUCAAUUUGAUUCCGCGAAAUGCGAAAUACCCGUUAGAGAAAGGAAAAGAUCACUAAAUUUUGGAGAGUCAGAGAUCAUUUUGCAUUUCGCGGAAUACAAUUGAACACGGCACUAAUUCUGCUCGGAAAAGAAAAAUUUAAAAAAAAGUUUAAUCUCGCUUUUUGCGCGUCGCUUUUCAUGCAUCGCGUGCAUUGCAUACAACACAUUUUAUUUUCCGCCGUUGCGGUGGGUGUGGCGUCGAUUUGGUGUCGCCGUGAAUUAGUGCUCCCUGGAGGGCUAAAAAAGUUCAGGGCCUGACUUCUGAGCCUCCAAAGCGAUCCCUAUAGUGGUCUUUUAAUCGUUUCUUAAAAUUUUUUUAACCUCCGUUUAUCCAUGAACCAAAAAUUUACUGAUUUUUUAAGUUUUGGAACACUAGAGCAGUCACUAUAGGGGAUAGGGAGAAAAAUUUCCCCAUGGUGGACACGAUAGUGCUCCCUAGAGGGCUAAAAUCCAAGUGGUCCCUAUAGGAGUUUAAAGUUUCAUUCCAAUCCCUUAAAGCUUGAGUGGUCCCUAGAGUGGUCUUUUCAUUUUUGUCUUGAUUUAAAAGUUAGAAAGUCAUGGCGUGCUCCCCCUAAAGUGGCCACUUUGAGAUAUAAAAAUGUCCCUUGAGGGGACCCUACAACAGCCCCUAAGGUUACCUCUCUAGGGACCACUCUGACGUUCCUGAGAGCUAAUUUUUGUCUUGAAAUUUCAGUUUUUAACCAUUUUUCAUCGAAAAUUCCAAUUUUCAGAAGAAAUCCGGGCUCCCCGGCCGUUUCUUUCAACACGGCGGAUGUCGUUCUGACGACGAAUACUUCGGCGCCAAGCCACACUUUGAAAAGUUAUACGAGGUAACUUUUCUAAUUUUCUGUUAAGGGGCGAAAAUUCUUGAGAAUUUGCUGGAAAUUAAUAUGAUUCUGACGUAAAAUUCUCAAAAAACAGCACAAAAAAAAAUUUAUUUUCAGCUUCAGGAAGAAAAAAACCGAGUUUAAUCAAGAUAAAAAAAGGUUCUUAUAAAGUCCAAAAAUUCAGCCGAAAAUCGAAAUUUUCGAGCUUUGACCUUUUUCACUAAAGUGGUGACUUUGAAGGUUUUCAAAUUCGACAAAACGGCAAAAAAAUUACGAAAAAAAUUGAUUUUUAUUGCAACCCUAUAAUUUCUUAAAUGAUUGAAAUUCGCUCAAUUUUUCUGUCAGAAAUCAACUUUUUUUAUCCGUUUUUUUCAAUAUUUUCACUAAAGUUUUCACUUUAAAGCGUUUUUUUAAACCACGAAAACCGUCAAAAAUCUAUUUUUUUAAAUCUAAAACUCGUUAUUUCUGACAAAAAUUCGAUUUUUUUCUACCCGUUUUUCUUCAAUAUUUAACCUUUGAACUUUGAAAAAAAUAUUUUUUUUUGUCAAAAAAAUUGGAAAUUUCAGAAUAUCCAGUCGCUUUUCACUGGACGUCGAAAGAGUGCCCAAGAAGAAAAAAAGGUGAUUUUUUUGAUUUGUAAAUGGAAUUUUGAAGAAAAAAAUGACUUUUAGAAGGGCCUCCGGUACACGGACAUCCAACUGACGCGGUCACUUUUGGUCGUCACCUGGGCUUUUAUCAUGUUGAACCUGCCCAAUUACCUGUACCGCAUCGCUUGUAUCCUUUUUGGCAUUUCUGAUCAGGUUGGACUUUUUUUUCUUGGUUUUUGAAAAUUUCUGAAGUUUUCUCCGUGAAGUUUUCUGCAUAUUUUUUUGAGUAAAUUUAAAUUUUCAUCCUUAAAUUGGGGUAAAAAUUAUGAUUUAUCAUGAUUUUUUUAUCAUUCUAGACGCUUCAAGGCUUGGAUUUCUCGAAUUUUAUAUUUUCUUAAAGCUUUUUUCAUAGAGUUUUCUGCAUAAUUUUGAAUGAAAUCGAAGGACAUGUUUAGACAAUAUUAUUUUUUUAAAAAAAGUGAAUUUUUUUGAAAAUUUUUUUAUCAAAAAAACUGGAAACCCCUGAAUUUUAUUCGAAAUUAUUACAUUAUAAAGUCAUUUUUUUCAAGAAUUUUCAUUUUUUUCCGAGAGUUUUAAACUUUUUUUAAAUGAAUAAAAAAAGGCGCUAAUAGUUUCUUUUUCCUACCUCUGUAAGCUUCCUACAAAUUUUUCGUAGUCCUAGGCAACAUUCUGACAAGUUUCAGCCCAUAUUUAUCCAAAAAAAUCUUUCACAAAGUACAAUUUCAUAGACGUCAUGUGAAAUCAUUCCUUUUUGGGUGCGAGUUUUGCGGGGAAUAUAUAUUUUGCAAAACGGCUGUUUUUUAAUAAAUCACAUCAGAAAUUUGUUUAAUUUCAACUUUACAAAGAAAUUAUAGAGCGAUUUAGAAUUAAAAAAAAAUUUUUUUGUAGGAAAAUCAUGAUUUUUAAGGCAUUUUAUUCUGAAAAGUUUUGUGAAUCAUGAAAAAAAGUUCUUGGAAAGUAAGUUAUAUUUGUACAGCGUCUACACAGCUAAUUUUUAGACGAUAAAAUGAAUUUUCAAGAUCAGGACCGUUUUUUGAAUGGCCCAAUGCUCCUUUAAAGUUUAGGGUAAUUUAUAGCAUGAUUUUUUUUUGUAAGUGAAUUUAUCUCUUAUUUUGAUGAAUGAAUAAUCUUCACAGCGGACUCAAGACGAUAAAACAAUUUUACAACCACAGGACCAUUUUUUAAGGUACCCUAUGCUCCUUUAAAGUUUAGGGUAAUCUGAUUUUCUGACUUUUUAAAAAAAAAUGAAUUUAUCUGUCAUGUUGAUGAAUGAAUAAUCUUCACAGCGGACUUAAGACGCUAAAAUGAAUUAUCGGCCCUAGGACCAUUUUUGGAGAGGUCCUAUGCUCCUUUAAAGUUUAGGGUAGUUUAUAGUCUGAUUUUUUUUUAAAGUGAACUCAUUUCGAAGCCAUUGCUGAAUGAAUAAUCUUUACAGCGGGAUUAAAACGUUGAAAUAAACUUUUGGCCUUAAGACCUUUUUUAUAGCGACCCUAUGCUCCUUUAAAGUGCAGCUUAAUUAUUGGCCUAAAUUUUUAUUUUUCAAUUGGAUUUACCUGUAUUUUUUUAAGGUAAUUUGUGAAUGAAUUAUAAUCUAAAAAUAUUAUUUUAUUUUUUUUUUUUAUCAAAAUUUUUUUUAAGAAUGCUGUUUUGAAAGUGCACUUCGGAACGUCAAAAUGGUCCCUAGAGGGGCCACUUGAGGGCUAAAUCUAGGUCUCCUAAUAGGGACCGCAAUACCUCUUCUAUAGGGACCACUUGAGCUUUAGGGGUCCGACCCUACUAUACCCCUAUAGGGACCACUUUAGAACCCCAUCGUUGAAUGACUACUGCGAAAUUUCGUGCAUUUAUUUUUGAAACCGGCUGUUGAUGAAGAAAAGAUUGUAGAAAGCUCAAAAAUCAUUGAAUAUUCGAUUAUUUUCAGACGGAAGCGAUGCAGAAGAUGUCGCUGUUGGCGCACGUCUUCCUCUACACUCACCACGCCUUUCUCUUCUAUCUGUACAUUUUCUACUCGCCCCAGAUGAAACGACGAUUAAAACCGACUGCGUUGAAAUUACUGGAAUGUUAUUGUUUCAAACCACCCGGUGAUUAUUCUGAUCAGACCUGA